UUGUUUAGGAAAUCAUGCACGUGCACAGAAGAAUUUUCUAGCUCCUGUCAACUGUUAACCAACGGCAGAUUUAAAUAAUGAAGCAAUUAAUAUUGCAUAUUGAAAUACAAUGCUUAUUUGUCAUAUGAAACGUUUACGCUUUUACUGUCGUGACGACGACAGCAACGUUAAUAUACCUGGCAGUGACAGUUAGCUAAUAAUCAACUUUAAACAGCUACAGUAUGUUCAUUUAGCAAGUUAACUUAACUGGUAAAUUAUCGUAAUGGCCGUUCUCUCGUCUCUGCUGUUUUCAGCUGCUCGUCUUCUUACACCAUGUCGGUUACGAUUCUGGGAGCUCGCCGUUUGCAAACGGAUAACAUGGCUCUCCCUGUCCACCCAACGUUGUUACACGUCGGACAUUUCAAACUCAUCAGUUGACCAUGUCAGCACUGGACUUGAUAGAUACAAGGACCUGCAGAAGUAUUUCAACAGGAGACUGAAGGCAACAUACCGAAGGUUCUCCAACAUGCCUGAUCAGUCAGUGGUCUGUGGACAUCACCAUGUGUAUUUCAUUGAAGGAGAUGGCAUCUACAGAAUGGACAAGAGACAGAGUGAGCCGGAGCCAAAGCAGGUGCUAAAUCUAGGACAGGUCUCUUGGCAGGAGGAAAAGACAGGUCUUGAUAAUGAAGAGGGAAAGCAGAGAUUUUACUGGACUGUCCAGAGAAUACGUCUGUCCCCACAGGAAAAGCAUCUUGCUGCCACACUAAAAUCAAAUCACGGAGAAGAGCUGAGGUGUGUGGUUGUGAGACUUGGAAAGAGAAAUACCCCUCUAGGUCCCCCACAUGUUGUUUUCACACUGGACAAAGUCUUCAGCUUUGAGUGGGCCACAGACGAGGUCCUGUUUUACACCACCCUGGAGGGUCUUCGCUGCAGCAGAGUGUCUCGUCUGGACCUGACCUCCAGCGGAAGCAGGAGAAUCUCUGUGUAUGAGGAAACACAUCCUGAUGUGUUUGUGGAGGUUGCCCUUUCCAGAGACCAACAUAUCUUGAGCAUCAACUGCAACAGCAGGACCAGUUCAGAGGUGCGGCUAAUUGAUAUAACAACAUCCCAUUUAGAGCCUUUCCUGGUUCAGUCGCGCCAGCCAGACCUCCUGUACCAUGUGGAGCACUGGAGAAGCUGGCUGAUUAUACUUUCUAACACAGGGCCUGGACAGGAAUAUCAGGUGGUGCAGGCCCCUCUCUCAGAGCCAUCCAUAGUCUCCUGGGUGCCCUUGUAUGCCCCUGGCCCUGGCACUGCAAUCAAAGACAUGGACGUGGUCGGAGACCACUGUGUGUUGGUUGCAAGAACACCAGCCGGCGAACUCGUCCUGAUCGUGGUCCCGCUGACCCAUCCCAAGGAAGCAUACACUGUACAGCUCCCCUCCUGGGCCUGUGCCAUCAAAACCAAGAAACCAGGCUUGGCAGACCAAGGCGGUGUGUUAGAGUUCUUGAUUUCAUCUCCAGUCCACUCCCCAGUGUCCUACUGUCUAUACCCUGAAGAUGGGCUGCUUUUAUUAGGCACCGAAGAUUAUACCAGUUAUACCACCACACGCUUGGAGGCCUGCAACCAAGAUGGUACCUUGGUGCCGGUGACACUGUUUCAUACAGUACCUGUGGAAAGUUUGAGACAGACCCCACUACUAGUCCAUGUCUACGGAGCUUAUGGCAGAGAUCUCAACAUGGAGUUCUGCCCAGAAAAAAGGCUGCUGCUGGAGCAAGGCUGGGCUCUGGCCUACUGCCACAUCAGAGGUGGAGGAGAGCGGGGUCUGUCCUGGCAAAGACAAGCUCGUGUGGAGGGUAAGCAGAGAGGAGUGGAGGACCUCAAAGCCUGUCUCCAUCACCUUUUCUCUUUAGGAGUCUCCUCUCGUUUGCUCACUGCCCUUACAGCCAGCAGUGCCGGAGCUGUGCCAGUGGGAGCGCUGUGCAACAGACACCCACACAUGAUGCGGGCUGUCACGCUGCAGGCUCCUUUCCUGGAUGUGUUGGGAACUAUGGAGGAUCCCAGUUUGCCUCUAACUGUGGAGGAUAGAGAAGAAUGGGGGGACCCAGUAAGAAACCCACAACACAGACUCACCAUCUCCUCCUACUGUCCCCUUUACAACAUUACUCCUCAGUGCUACCCCUCGAUUCUGCUGACGGCCUACAGCGGUGAUGCCAGGGUUCCUCUGGCAGGUGUUCUCAAAUACAACGAGCAGCUAAAGAACGCCAUUCAUACACACUUCACAAUGAAGCCAAAGUCCGAAUGUGAACCAGUACCAAACAUAGUUCUGAAUAUCCAACCUGGAGCAAAUCACCUUGGACCAGAAGACUUUGAUCUUAUGCUGGAGGAGGAAGCCCUCAAGCUAGCAUUCCUAUACACAGAGCUGGGCCUGGACCCUCCUCGGCCUCCACGCAAGAGGAAGAGGUAACGAGGCUAUCAGGAGACAGUCAGGAAUCAAAUGACAAUGACCACAUCAUCCAAACAUGACAAACAUCCACCAUCACAGCCACAACAACUAGGAUGACACAAUGGGGCCCAAAUCUUUAACAAUUUGAGAAGACAACAUUAACAGUGAAUGUAUCUGCAAUGGUCCUCUUUAUUGAUAUACAUCUUAUGACAAGUCACUUACAGAUGAGACAUUUGAUUGCUGCCAUGAAACUGUAAUAACCGAAAACCAUUGUCCAUUGAUCUAUAUUAGCAUUUAUAAAGUAUGUCAAAGGCCCUCAAAUAGCAGGCCUUCUCAGAGACAUAGCACUCUCCAGGGUGGUUGGGAUUAAACCGAGUGUUGGUGGAGUAUUGAAUCACCAAACCCUCCCCUGCUUCUGUCAGAAUACGAGACUUUUGCAACACUUUGCCAUCGUUGGCUUGGUUUGUGCUCAUCAGCACCUUCAGCUGGUCUGGUAACUCUCGAACAGAGGAGAGAUCUGUGACGACAGAUUCUUUACCAAAGUUAAGCACUAUGAGGAAAGCUCGGUCAAGCCCGUUCAGCUCCCUCAGGUAAGCGAAGACACUGGUGUCAGCAUGGAUGUAGCAAAACCACCCGCGGUGAAGGGGGAGCUCUGACUGACGCAGGUUGUUCAGGAAACGGUACUGAGCCAGAACGGAUCCUGCUUCGUUCUUCUGAACCUAGAGGAGAAAAUGUGGCGAGGGGAUACAUGAUCGGAUACCAGAUGUUUCUCCAGAGUUGAACAGUACAAAAAGAGUUCUGUACCUCCACAUUUAUGUUUCUGUAGUCGGGGUGCAGAGGCAACCAGGUGAUGUUGGUUUUGUUGUUAAAGCCUGCAUUCAUGUCACCACUCCACUGCAUUGGAGACCGCUGAGGGUCUCGACUGGCACUCUGCAGUUAAAAAAACAAGUAUUGACAAUUAUUGCCUCAGGUGCACAUUUCUUAGGUACAUGAAGCUAAAGUGAAUGCAUUCUAAAAUAAAUCCAGCCUUCAUGAAGGUUAAUUUGUUUUUGCUUGCUGGAAGUGUUAUACAGAAGCAUUGACUUAACUUUAUGGCCUUUUUCAAGGCUGUAUUUUGUGGUGAAUAAAAUCAUGUCCCUAUUGUCUAAAUACAUGUUUGUUCUGUUUUGUAAUGUCAUCAAUUAAACUGGUAAUUCCUUAUGUA